AUGAAGACGCUUCGACGUCAGAUCGUGGUGGUAGCAAUUACGAGCACUUUGCUAGCCAUCGCAAACGCAUCGUCUUUGAGCAGGAAAGCCUCCAUAGAUGCUCAUUCAAUCUUUGAACAAGCUGCAGUUGAUACUUUAGACUCUAUUGACCUUCAAUCCAUCCCUAAUUUGAAUGUCGAAGCAAUCCUUCAAGAGAUCUAUUUUACAAGAGCAGAGACCGCAGCAGCUAUACCUGCACGGCGCAUUGUCUCCAAUGUUACGGAAAUCAUUGAUGUCCAUGCACACUGCGUGCCAGAAUGGUACCGCGCGAUCGUUCCUAAGACUGGAGGUAAUCCAACACCAUCGUGGAACCUUACCGGCCAUUUGGACUUUAUGGCUAGUCAGGGUAUAUCUCGCGCCGUUCUCGCCUUCUCUUCGCCAGGUGCAAACGUGUACCCGGGUAACAAAACGGCGACAGUCGGGCUCGCUCGACUGAUCAACGAGCAGUCUGCCGCGUACGCGCAAACCCAUCCAGAAAGCUUCACCUUCUACGCCGUCGUCCCGCUACCAUAUACCGACGAAGCCAUUGUCGAAGCAAACUAUGCCCUGGACAUCCUUGGCGCUGCCGGCAUCGCGCUAUACUCCAAUUUUGAAGGGCAUUAUCUCGGCGACCCAACCUUCACGCCAUUCUUCGCUGCCAUCAAUGCCCGCGGGGGAGGCCAAAUCGUAUACAUUCACCCUACAACGCCGUAUGUGCGGGUGAAUGGCUCGCUCGUAGAAGCGAAUCCAACAAUUUAUCCGACUGGCAACAUAGAAUUCUUCUUCGAAACAGCGCGCGUGCUAGAAGACCUCGCCGUCACCCAGACCAUACUUAACUUCACCAAUAUCAACUAUAUCAUCCCACACGUUGGUGGCGCAUGGCCAUCGGUUGCAGAUCGGUUGUUGAAGUCGUUUCCGGGGAUAUAUGAUCGCACGUUGGCGGCGCUUCAGACACGAUUUUAUUGGGACUCCGCAGGGCCGACGUAUUUCCAUCAAGUUGCUGGGCUGAUUGCGUAUGGCAUUCCGGCGACACAGUUGAUGUUUGGCACAGACUAUCCGUAUGCGCCACUCUUUGCGUAUGUGACUAGUCUGGUGGGUGUUGCGACGAGCCCAUUUGUUGGAGAUGAGGACAGACCGGGGAUUUGGAGGGCAAAUGCGCAGAGACUGUUUGGGGCGCGUAUCCCGGAACGAUAG